GACAUCGGCGACAUGCCGUACCGCAUCGCCAAGCCCGUGCUCGAGAGCUGCCGCGCCGAGCAGCUCGUCGUGCUCGAGGAGGCGUCGCCGCACCUGCUCGAGUCGACCGAGGAGCUCUGGCGCAAGCUGGCGCUGGCCGACUUUGCGACGGUGCGGAGAGAAGAGGCGGCGGGCGUGUAUGAGCGCAAGCCGCCGCGGAGCUGGCGCAAGCACUAUCUUGUG